GAGGCUACGACGGAUAAACGAAAUGACGCCCGAUUUCCUCCCCUGCAACUCAUGGCAUCCCGGUUAUCCCAAAGUGUGGAUAAACUGGGAGGGGGGGGGCAAAUUCCCGUGCACGCCUAUAUAAUAAGAAAGCCAAGUACAGCUGGAAGUUAAAGCUUUUCUUGCACGUCCGCCCUCCCCCUUUUCAAGAACCAACCAAGACUUUGACCCAAGAAGCUCCAGCUCGUAACCUCUCCAGCUGUGAGAGGCUAAACAAGCAAGAAGCCGAAACCAGCAUAGCAACUGCGCAGGCGCAGACGCGUCCAUCCCAGGCAUUGGUAGCAGCGAGAAGACGGAGGGAGAGACGGCGCAUGCGUACGAAGAACUGGCGAAGGAGGAGGAGAGACCCUUCUGUGGAAAGGCAGGGAGGGGGGCGGAAAAGUGCGGUGGAGGUUUCCGCGCUCAGAGCGGCCGUCCGCGAGAGUUAAUUCUGCCGAGCCGGAGCCCAUGAGGCACAAGAGGAGAAAACAUACAACAGAUCAGGCGUUAGAAUGGACAGUUACUUUAAAGCAGCAGUCUCUGACUUGGACAAACUACUUGAUGAAUUUGAAGAGAAUACUGAUGAACUUGAAAACAGCAAAACUGUAAAUACACACGAUCCUAAACAUCAUUUACUUUCUUCAGAGUUAGAUUACCAGCAGCCAGUUUUUUUGGGACCAUAUGUACAAGGAAAUAUUAGAUAUACGGUGUCAGAUGAACUUUCAUUAUCUACUCAGACUGCAAACAUAGCAAACUUUGAACAACUGAACUCUGAACAGAAUGAAAAAAAUGUCACUGGGUUAGAUCUUCUAUCAAUGGUGGAUGGUUCUUCAGAUAAAAGUCUGUCUUCUUGCCUGGGGCGAUGCAUUGUACCUGUCUGUGAUCUCAUCAGUGACACAGGUAAUUUGAGCCAUCCAAAAAAUAAUUCAGAGUUCAUACAGAAGUUGCAACUAUCCGAUUCCCAAAGUAGCCCCUCUCUUAUUGGCUUUGAUUUAGCAUCAGUACCAAAUGUCGCUAGUAGUUCAUCAGCUGACUUGGGUUCACAGCAACAAAGUGAUGAAGACACACUGCUCUACAGUAUAACAUAUAAUGCAUUAGAAGAACAGAAUAAAGUGACACUAGAGACAGGCAGUCCUGAAGCGAGUGUAAUCGACUCAGGGGCAAGUCAAGAAAAGACAGAAGCACUGAGUAACAAUGAAGUAUUUGAAGAAGUUAUAGGCCUUGAGAGGAUAUCAGCUUUAAUCACUCACGUGACUUCAACAGUACCCAGUUCCAAAGAUGAGAGAAAAUAUGAAGAACUCCCUUGUGAACCAGUAAGGAAUGAAAAUAGUGUAGAGAGUCAGGAAAACCAUCAAGCUAUUUCAAAUGAAGAGAAAAUUGAAUCUUUAGUCUCUAGCAUACCAAAGAUCUGCCCACUGAAUGAAAGCAGCGCAACCUUACCUAAAGAAAAGAAUUCAUCAGGCUCUUCACUUCAGACAAAGAAUGUACUGGUGUUAGAUAAAAUAUACAGCACUGAGGAGGAACUUUGUAAUCCAGAAUCCAGCAGUACAACUUUCAGUGUAGUUUCAGCACCAGAGGCCUCUGAAGACAUACAGAGUUCAUUGUCCUGUCUUCCACUUGCUGUUUCUAUAUGUGGAAAACUGGUUAUGACUGAUGACAGGAAUGGAAAGACUCCUGUGGGUCAAGCAGCAGAUGUCAUUAGUGGCAUAACUGUGGCCACAGAAAAAUGUAAGAAUGACCUUUCUAAAGAGGAAUUGUUUGGAAUACAAGAAUCUUCUGAACAGGAUGAAAAUCUAAACAGUACAAGCCAGUCCAGUUUAGCAAAACCUUCCUUCACAGACAGCGAAAAGGUGGGUUUUGACAACAUUGCUAUUGAAUGUGGGCCUGUCCAACCCAGAGAAAAUGCUGCUGUCUCUGGUUCUUCAGCUGAAGAUAUAGAAAGGUGCAGCAGUUAUUUGCUCAGUGACAUUGGGGAGAGAGGUUUAAUUGAUCUUGCUUUAGAAGAAGACAUUAUUGGAAGUGAUAUCCUAAUUAGUGAUGCUGAGCUUGAUGCCUUUUUGUCUGAACACUGUUGUGAAGAAAAGCAUUCAAAGCCUCUGAAGGAAGAUACUGAUGAUGGACUAUUGGAGUCUGAUGUGAUUAAUGACAGUGUAAGAGAUAGUAACAAACUGAAUGUUGAAAGUGAACAUCUGCCAGCAGAAAUAGAAUUUGAGAAUGUAGACACUUCCAUUAAUAACAAUUGUAUAUUAUCCAAUCUUGAAUCUAGCUUAGGGAUUCCAGUGGAAAAAACUUCACAGUGGAAAGAUUUGAAGACUCAAAACCAGGACACAGUGGAAAAAUCUGAAGAAACUGCAGAUCAUGUUUGUGAAAGUAAAGCCUCAGAUCUUACAAAAAGUCAACAGAUGACACACAGCGGAGGUGCAAGGCCAAAACGGUUGUUAAAUCUUCCACCCCCAGCCAUCUGUACUGAGUUUAGUAGUCCACAUGUAAUUGUGAGUGAAUCCCAGGUGGCAAGCUCCACAGUCUCAAAUACCUCUCUCUCGGAUGCUAAAAGUUCUCCUGAUUCAGUUGUUAAAUGUAAUGAUGUUGAUACAGAAAGCUGCUUCAAAGACAAAGAGGACAGUGUUUCACCUGUGAUCACAGAACCUACCACAGGAGUGGAACAAGUCAUCACCCUGGGGCAGAAGCAGCCAUCUUGGGUUCCUGAUUCAGAAGCACCAAAUUGCAUGAAUUGUCAAGCCAAAUUUACAUUUACAAAAAGAAGACACCAUUGUCGUGCUUGUGGGAAAGUUUUUUGUACUUCCUGUUGCAAUCGAAAAUGCAAACUUCAGUAUCUGGACAAAGAAGCAAGAGUUUGCGUAGGAUGUUAUGAGUUCAUAAACAAAGCACAGGCACUGGAAAGGAUGAUGAGCCCUACUGGUCCUGUGCCUCAUUCUGCUAUUUCUGAAAGUCCGACUAUUCCAGUUUUGCAAGAAGCUCAGGCAUCUGGACUUUACCCUAAAGAACAGAGAAGAGUUUGGUUUGCAGAUGGCAUUUUGCCUAAUGGGGAAGUUGCAGACACAACAAAAUUGUCAUCUGGAGUCAGAAGAUCCCAACAGGAACCAUAUCCUGUUGAAAGUGCAACAAAUGGUACAACCUGUACAGCUGAGAAAAUGCCAAAAGAGGAAACAUGUGCUACUGGACGAACUGAGAUCUUAUGUUGUCCCACUUCUGUCCUUCCAGAAGAAGAUACACAGCCUCCUAAAGAUGAAUCUCAACUGUCAUGUAGUUCUGACUGCGUGAUUACUGCUGUUGCUGAAAUCCCCACUGUUGUUGAACCAACAAAGCAUCCUGCUGCUGUCACAAAUAAUGAAAAUAAUGAUUUACCUGUUAGUCCAUUAGAUUACCAGGUGUUGUGUGGAAUUGAAAACCAUGUCAGCAAGAACAUCAGCCUUAUUCCUGAGGAUGGUUUGCCACCUCUUCUGCUUGCAAGAGGAGAAGAAGACAAAGAAUCCUUAGUGGAAGAACAUCCUUCUCACGAGGAAGUUACAUUUCUACUUGAAGAAUCUAAUCCGCUAACAUUCAUCCUAAAUGCAAACCUUCUUGUGAAUGUCAAGAUAGUAUCUUAUCAUUCAGAAAGGUGCUGGUACUUCUCAACCAAUGGACUGCAUGGUUUGGGACAGGCAGAAAUUAUUAUACUAUUACUUUCUUUGCCAAAUGAAGAUGGCAUUCCUAAAGAAAUCUUCCAGUUGUUUAUCAGCAUAUAUAAGGAUGCCAUGAAAGGUAGAUUCAUAAGAAAUUUAGAAAACAUUACCUUCACUGAAGGGUUCUUGGGAAGCAAGGAGCAUGGUGGAUUCCUCUUCGUUACACCAACUUUUCAAAAACUGGAUGAUCUCAAAUUACCAAAAAAACCUUUUAUAUGUGGCAUUCUAAUUCAGAAACAGGAGGUACCUUGGGCAAAAGUGUUUCCGAUUCGCCUAAUGUUGCGAUUGGGAGCAGAAUAUGGGGUGUACCCAACUCCUUUAACUAGUAUCAGGCAUAGGAAACCACUGUUUUGGGAGAUAGGACACACACUCAUGAACUUGCUUGUUGAUCUUAGGAACUAUCAAUAUACAUUGCUUACAAUAGAUAAUUUAGUUAUUCAUAUGGAAAUGGGUAGAAGCUGUGUUAAAAUACCUCUAAAGAGAUACAAUGAGGUAAUGAAAAUAAUGAAUACUUCAAAUGAACAUGUUAUCAGCAUUGGGGCAAGUUUUAGUUCUGAGGCAGAUUCUCACUUAGUGUGUGUACAGAAUGAUGAUGGGGUCUAUCAGACACAAGCAAACAGUGCUACUGGAGAGCCCAGGAAAAUUACAGGUGCAAGCUUUGUUGUGUUUAAUGGAUCUCUAAAAACAUCUUCUGGUUUCCUGGCUAAAUCCAGUAUUGUAGAAGAUGGAAUAAUGGUACAAAUUACUCCAGAAAUGAUGGAUGGCUUACGCCAAGCUUUAAGAGAAAAAAAGGAUUUUAGAAUUACAUGUGGCAAAGUGGAUUCAGAAGAGCUGAGAGAAUAUGUAGACAUUUGUUGGGUAGACAUUGAAGAAAAAACAAAUGUGAGUGUUACCAGCCCAGUUGAUGGAAAAUCCAUGGAAGGAGUUCAGAGUGAAAAAAUUGUUCAGGAAGAAUAUUUUGAAAUGGAUGAAAAAUGUAUAAGGUGUACAGAAGUCUUCUACCUGUUAAAGACAAGUGAGCUGUCGAGUCAUGCUCAUCAAUUUGCUAAGGAAAUUGCACUGGCUUCAUGUACUGCCUUUCGUCCACAUCUCAAAACACUCAAAAGUAAUGGAAUGAACAAGAUAGGCCUUAGAGUCUCCAUGGAUACUGACAUGGUGGAGUAUCAGGCUGGGUCUGAAGGCCAGCUUCUUCCUCAGCGUUACCUAAAUGAUUUGGACAGUGCUUUGAUUCCUGUUAUUCAUGGAGGCCCAUCAAAUGCUACAGAUCUCCCCUUGAAAAUUGAAUUAAUAUUUUUCAUUACUGAAUCUCUUGUAGUGUAAUUAGCAUGUAUUUUAUACUGUAGAAGACUGAAUUGCUAGCAGUGAUCAGUACCAAAGCUGUUACAUUACUGUAUGGAUGAAAUAUUCAGGUUCAUUUUUUUUAAAAGCCAGUGUUUUAGUAAUACAUCUUUCAAGAGGAUUCUGCCUUUUGAAAAAAAUGACUGUGUUCUUCCUCAACCUCAAUAUGAAUGCUCAAUUUAAAUAUCUAGAUUCCCUGAUGUUCUGAAACUUUACACUUAAUACAGCCACUAAAAGGCAAGGAAGGACUAAAACUAUAAUAUAUGGAUUAAAUCCUGAAGUUAGCCAACUUUGUUUUGGAAAUAAAUAUUUUAAAUGUUGUUUGCAUUUGAUACAAGCUUAACAAUUUUUUAAAAAGCUAAGCAUAUUUAAAUAGAGCCAAACAGUUUCUAGUUGAAUAGUUGAGGUUCAAGUGUACUGUACAAGCUUUACUAGAGUACUGACAUACUUAAAAUAUCUGAAAUGUGUUUGCACAAACUGAUAUUACCCAUGUGACAAAAAUAGCAAGAUUCUGCCAAGUGUGAUCAUUUUGUAAGACACUGAUUUUUAAAAUUGGUAUGUUUGAAGUGUAAAAUGAUGCUUCCAAAACCUGAGAGUUCCCACUGAAUCAUGUUUUGAAUUGCUGACUUUGUUAUACAUUUAUAAUGAAUUUAUUGAACAUAAAAUUUAAUGGUCUUUAUAUUAAAUACCUAAUCUUUUUUUUUCCUUCUGUGCUCAGUUGUCUCUUGGAUUUUCCAAGAUUGAGUAAGAAGCCAGAUGACCCUUAAAGUAGUCAUCCUGUAGCAGUAAAUCAGGCAUGAAGCCUGUCUGUGCUUCCUUCUCUGAUUUUGAGACUUCUUGGUAUCCCUGUUUGUUUUCAGGGAGAACAGUGUAUUAAGUGUGAAUUUUCAUGAACAGUUCGCUAUAACAUACUUGAACUCUUUAUACAGUACUUAUUUUUAUAAUGGGAUAUUUUCAGUAAAUAAACAUUUAUCUGUGAGAAUGGUGAAUGAAAUUAGUAUCUUAGUAAACUAAAUCAGGUAUGAUAAUGCCUGCUGUGUGAUGUUCCUUAUGUUCCUUGUUAUGCACAGAAACAAACUGUGUGUAUGUUUGUUUGUUCUUAUAUUUAUGUUUGAUUGAAAUGUUGUAAUAUAACUCUGCGAAUUUUCUACAUCCUAAUUGUACCUGGAUGUCUUUGACUUCACUGGGUGUAUUUACAGUUUAUAAAAACUACAGCUUAUAAUGAAAACAUCUGCUGAUCUAUAUUGUAAUGGCACAGGAUUGCAGCUAACUCCAAGAAACUGCUGCCAGAUGAAGUAACACACUCCAUUUUUAUGAAGAAAUACAGUUCUGUGAAUCAGCUAAAGAUCAAAGUAACAUUCAUCUAAAACACUAUCUGGAAGAUAUGAGUGAAGGGGGAACCGUGACACAGAAUGCUGAAUGUUUCAAAUAUUGAUCCAUGAUACGUAACUAUUGUGUAGAAGCAACUAUAACCCACUCUGUAAUUAUAGCUUUAUGUUUCUCUUGGAAAUUGAUUUUUGCUUUCAGUUUGUAACUGCAUUAGACUCUUAUUUUUUAACAAUGUUAUAAAUAUUCCCAUAUUUAUACACUUAUAAAUAAAAUUAAAAACUAUGGAAAUCAAAUUUGUUUGCUGAAACAAUAAGACAAUAACAUUUAUUUAUCAAGUAAUCAUUAAGCUUUCUCCUCUUUUAAAGAGAACAUAUCAAGCUAAUUCACAGCAGUGGUACAUUUUAGCAACUCAAACUGUGGGUGGUCUUACAGUGUUGUACAGGAUGCAUUUAGUAUACAACUUAUAAACCACCUACACAUAAUUUAAUUGUUGGUCUUCUGGAAAGCAAAGUUAAUGGGAUCUGAGCAGUUUCACAGUAGUAGUGUAUGCUUUAAAAGGACCUUCGUGCUUGUGUUAUGCAAAGAUAAGUCCUUUCAUUCUACAUGGCAAGCUGCUUUUUGAUGCAUGUUGUGCUACUUCAUGGGUUGAAUAGAAAAAUCCAGUGUUACAGGCACUGCCCACAUCCUUGCAUAUGCACAAUC